CUCCGCCCGCCAGGACUCAAUAGGGCUGGCGGGGAGCUGUAGGCAAAGGCUGGCCGGCGCCGCCUCUUCACUGGUGCAGUCUGGAGCGAUCCGCCCGCGGAUCGGCAGCUCGGCUGGGUCGGCAGGGCUUGGACUGGACCCACUGGCGAGGGGAUGCACUUCUGCCCCAGGGAAUAAAGACUCGGUGAUCUCCUCUUCUGCUCCAGGAGCCAGAUUGCCUCUUGCAGGCUCCCUGAGCAGCCUGCCAAGAUGGACGCAUGGACCGUGCUGCUGGGCCUGCAAGUCAUGUCCCUCCCGCUCCUGACUCACUGUGCAGCCCCGACUCCCACCCUGAAAUUUGUAGCUGUGGGUGACUGGGGAGGGGUCCCCAAUGCCCCAUUCCACACAGCCCGGGAAAUGGCCAAUGCUAAAGAAAUCGCCAGAACCGUGCAGAUUAUGGGCGCUGACUUCAUCAUGUCCCUAGGGGACAACUUCUACUUCACUGGAGUGCACGAUGCCAAUGACAAGAGGUUCCAGGUAUUUGCUCAACAACAGGGUUAGAGGGUCCCGAAGGGAGCUCACAACCAUCUAACUAAUCUUAGUGUGUUCCUGCCUAAAAUGCUUACCCACAAUUUCUUUUCCCUCCACAGGAACUUCCCAAGCCUUUACUACCGUUUGCACUUCAAAAUCCCACGGACAAACGUAACUGUGGCCAUCUUCAUGCUGGACACGGUGACACUGUGUGGCAACUCUGAUGACUUCAGCAGUCAGCAGCCCAAAAUGCCCCGCGACCUGGGAGUGGCCCGCAGUCAACUGUCCUGGCUCAAAAAGCAGUUGGCAGCAGCCAAGGAGGACUAUGUUUUGGUGGCUGGCCACUACCCCAUCUGGUCCAUUGCUGAACACGGACCCACCCGCUGCCUGGUCAAGCACCUGCGGCCAUUGUUGGCCACAUACGGGGUCACUGCCUACCUGUGUGGACAUGACCACAACUUGCAGUAUCUUCAGGAUGAAAAUGGAGUGGGCUACGUGCUGAGUGGGGCCGGCAACUUCAUGGACCCCUCUGUGCGACACCAACGCAAGGUCCCCAACAACUACCUGCGCUUUCACUAUGGGUCUGAGGACUCCCUGGGUGGCUUCACGUAUGUGGAAAUAAGCCCCAAAGAAAUGACCAUCACCUACGUGGAGGCUGCUGGAAAAUCACUCUUCAAGACCAGCCUGCCCAGGCGGCGCAGACUCUGAGCACCAUAGGGUUCCGCUUGUCCCUUGCCAGCUCUGAGGCAGGAAGCCUCCGCAUGCAUGGCUGGCGGGUGGGUGCUGUGAGGACCUCCCCCACCGGCAGCCUUUUCUCUGGCCCCUGGUGCUCUGGCAGAGUGGGAAGUAAAACCACAGAGGCUUACAUACAUGGAAGAAGUGUGUGUUCACCGACUCACCCCACCCCAAAACCAGGCUCACCCCUGAUGUUUUGGGUUUCUUCUAAGACAAGCAUCUUAUUGUCACUGCUAUUCAAUAAAAGAAUAGUUGUCGAGGC